UCUCUUCCCUGGCGCCGUGAGAAUCCCGCCGAAACCAGCCAGUAAUAAACAGUCGCCAGUAUCCGCGAGUUGUCGGUGCGUGCCAGACGUCCCCAUGCCACAGCGAACGAAUACCCGUCGCGAUCAAGAUCAACCGCCUAAAAGGAAAAUUAAGUUUCUCGGCUUCUUAGCGGGCGCAAGGAUGAUAAACCCGUGUGAGCGUCGGUCGGUGGCCUGCCUACUGCUGGCCAUCAUAGCUGUGGUAGCCGCCGCGUCAUACGACCGCGAACGGCUCGAGAUUGCUAAGCAGAUCCUGGAAGAAGUUCCUCUCACUGAUGGCCACAACGACCUUCCGUGGAACAUCAGGAAGUUCCUUCGCAACCAGAUCAAUGAGUUUGAGCUGAACACUGACCUGACCGUGGUGGAACCCUGGUCGAUCUCCAAGUACUCGCACACUGACCUGCCGAGGCUGAAGACUGGGAUGGUGGGAGCUCAGUUCUGGUCAGCGUUCGUGCCAUGCGCGACGCAGAACAAGGAUGCUGUGCAGCUCACGCUGGAGCAGAUCGACGUCAUCAAGCGCCUGGUCGACAAGUACCCGCAGUAUCUGCAGUUCGCUACUUCUGUUACUGAUAUCCUCGAGGCUCACAGCGCCCGACCUCGCAAGAUUGCCUCUCUCAUCGGCAUCGAGGGAGGUCACUCCAUAGCCAACUCCUUAGGAGUACUGCGCUCCUACUACCAGCUGGGAGUCCGAUACAUGACCCUCACUCACACUUGCAACACCCCAUGGGCCGACUCAUCGAACGAAGCGCCCGUGGCCAAUGGACUGACCGAAUUUGGAGAGAAAGUGGUGAAGGAGAUGAACCGGUUGGGCAUGAUAGUGGACUUGUCGCACGUGGGGGAGAAUACCACCAGGGCUGCCAUCAGGCUCUCCAGGGCUCCCGUCGUCUUCACCCAUUCGUCCGUCUACAGUCUCUGCAACCAUAAGCGUAACGUUCCCGAUGAUAUCAUCCAAUCGUUGAAAGAAAACGGCGGCAUCAUCAUGGUAAACUUCUUCCCCGACUUCGUGAAGUGCGCGCCCAACGCCACGAUCUCUGACGUCGCCGAACAUUUCCACUACAUCAAGCGGAUGAUUGGGGCUGACUACGUUGGUAUCGGUGGAGACUUUGAUGGUGUCAACAGGGUGCCCCGAGGACUGGAAGAUGUGUCGCGAUACCCGGAGCUGUUCGCAGAACUCCUGCGCAGCGGCCAGUGGAACGUCCAGGAGUUGAAGAACCUUGCCGGACUGAACAUGUUACGAGUCAUGCGCCAAGUUGAGAAGGUGCGGGACGAGAUGCGCACAAACGGAGUGGAGCCUGAGGAACACCCUGACUCACCCAACGACAACGGAAACUGCACCAGCAAUGCUUUCUACACCGAAUAUGUGUAAAUUGCCCGCAAUGUAACGCGACUGCCGAUUUCCAACGCUAUUUCUAGUAGUUAGGGUUGGUAUUUGAGUGGGGGGAUGCACGUCAAUCAAAUUAGAUUGUGUUUUGUUUACAAUUGUGGAGACUUGGAUUUUAAGGUGCGUUUUGAAAGCUAGCUAUGGACUGCAACUGCCAACUGUACUUGCAGCAACUGCAAGAAAUCGGUCGAUAUCUGAGGGUGACUGCACGUACUGCUGUUGCUUCGAUCCAAAACGGUUUCUUGUUCAUAUAUUCAAACCAGAAGUGCAGCUGCGGCCGAUUUCAUGCAGUCACUGCAAGUGCAGUCGGAAGCUAGCAUUCAAAACGUACCUUAAGAGUUUUUUUUUAAAAGAAUCAUCAAUAAAACAAAUGAAGUUUCUACCACAGAAUGUAAUAGGUAUGGUUGGUAUUCGGAUUCAAUUGAGUUGUAAAGACAAAGCGUGUGACGCUCCAACCGAGUGUAAAAUCGAGUGUAUCAAUCGUGUGACGCAAAUGUGUUUGCUCCGCCAACUGUGAGCCAUUGAAGAUUCCUGCCGUCUCUGAUACUCUGCCAUCUGUUCGCGUUUACACUUGCUUGACUUUUAUGGAAAAAACUUUUUGAAAUGUUUAACAAAAUUUUGUAAGCGGUUUUACCCGCAUAAAAAGAAAUAGUAACCUAAAUGACAAUGAGUUCAUAUGUACUUAUUAGCUACAUUAAUGCCAAGUUUAAUCAAAAGAUAUGCAGUACUUUUAACUUAAAAGUAAUAAAUGGCAUUAAAAACUAUUGAACUCAUUACAAUAAAAGGAUUUAGAACUAAUACCGUUCGCGGCUAAUCUAUAUAUCAAAAUUGGAUAAAUCCAAUUUGCAAAAUAGAUAAAAUACAGGUGCCAUCGCAAUCCGCUUAAAUCUAUUAAAGCCGGCGCCAAACUAAUUCAAUAGCUCACUGAAUCAAAUAAGUUUGUAUUCCUAGCUAGACUCGGAAUUAACACAUUUUACUCGAACUUUCUGCAGUACACUGUCUUUCACGAAACUGUAGUCAGUGCCCCAGGGUACUCAAAACUAACUAAUUACGACCACGGAAUGUUCUAAAAAUGCAAAUUUUACACACAAUUUCCACUUAUCUACUGGAUAGAAUUUUGUUUAUUUUACAACAGUGAGCUAACAUAAUUGCAAAUAUACAUCGAGGUCGCGUUCGAUAUACCAGACACUUGUAUUUCGGCUACAAUAGGGUAUUACAUGCAUUUUUGAAAUUUAUCUUAAAUAAAUCCUUUAGUCUUAAUAUAUCUCUAAAAAAUAAAAUAUAUUUUUUUUCUCACGUUAUGUACGAAUAUAAAUUAAUUGUUUUAUCAUAAUUUCAAAUUUCGCGCGUAUUUCGCGAAAACGCGGCACACAACGGACGCCAUGAUUGUUUUUUGGUCAUGACGUCAUUACGUUAGUAAACAAACUUCAGCUGUCAGUAAUACAUAUUUUGAUAUGUAUUGAAAAUUUUAACUGACACUUUUGUUUACUACCGUAAUGACGUCAUUAGCAUGGCGGCGACAUUUCGUAGUGUUCAAAGACAGAUAAAAAAACCUAAAAACUUUAAACUGCAAUAAAAAAUAUAUUUAUGUACCUUACGAAGUGAAACUAACAUUUCCCGAUUGCUUUUCCUCUAAACAAUCAUUGUAAUACACUUUUAAUUUUUUUCUCAUCUAGACUAAAAUACCCUAUUACACAGCUGUCAAAUUCAAUUGGCAAUCCGAUAGCACUACAUCAAUUUGAAAUUCGAAUACCAAAUGAAAUUAUUUCGCGUAACGUUCGCGUCUUACUUUGAUUUGUGUCCGUUUGUGAAUAAAUAAAAUUGUUAGUCAAAUUACUGCUCGUUGAAAGCUGGGAGUGAUGUUUUUUAUAGAAAUGUUGUAUGGAAAUCUGCAGUCGCGUCCGAUACCGACCGGACCGAGAGUUCAUCCGACAAUUUGAUUCCAAUUGAUGUGUUACAUGAUAAAUGUCUGUGUACCAGCCAUUGUUCACACUUGCCCAGCUUUUUUACUUUAUUGCACCUGAAGUGUAAUGACGACAAUGCGGAUAUUUGCUUAUGAAUAUAAAUGAUUCAGGUUGUGUUAAAUUCAAUAAUAAAUUUCGCAAUUUUAAUAUUGUAUUUAUACGAAUUACGGAAUAUGUUCAAUAUAUGAUAACAACAGAUUACGUUGUGUAAUUAAAAGCUUGGAGGAUUCAUGAAAUGUAAAUUAAUAAUAAUUAAAAUUACGGCUGGGCAAGUGUGAGCAGCCUUUUAACCGAUGACGAUAAUCAUCAAUAUGUGUGUGUUAAGUUAUUUAUUCAAGGAACAAUCGUCGUAUUUCAUAAGCGACUAUUUUUAAAACACCAGUUGUGCCAGCUUUUUCCGAGGAACAAACAUCACACAUACAAAAUUUCACGUUUAUAAUAUUAGUAAGAUCAACAUGAAAGUAUACUACAGCCUUAUAACUAUAGUCUUCUUUGCCCAACCAAUUGACUUUACUUCAGCACGAUUGAAGAUAAAACCGAUUGAAUUUCUCGCACUACUGGCUGCAGUUGCGGAAUACAGUUCAAAGUUUAUAAAUUCAUCGCAGUAGUUCCGAGCUCAGUGGGAUCCAGCUAUGAUGGCCGCCGGCCUGAGACAAUUAGACCAAUAAACUGUGAAUAACUACUGACAUUCUACUGGUAUUAAGAGUUUUGUUGGCUAACUUUAGUCUCGAAGAUAUCUAGCAAGCCUUAGUUCUCAAGUUUUCAACGUUGACCGGGUAAAUUCGUUUCUAGAUCGUCAAUUGCUUUCGAAAUUUUUGAGUGGAAAAGUUAAUUGAAAAGCCAUUUAUGUCACUUCUCCGAUAAGUCAAUAGUAAAAUCAUUGGAAUAUAAAUUGCUGUAAAAUAUUUUAAUUGCAAAAUGGGCAAAACGUUUGCCAAUAAACUGAACGGCUUUUUCAGUCGAAAUUCGUUCCGAAUAAAUAAAUAUAAAGUCGUCUGCACUUUUAAUUUUAACAGCUCAAUAAAUCUUGGUUCUGUUUCAGUAAGCAUGGCCAAUUUCAAUUAUUCGAAAUCAUAGCGUUUGGGCGGAAGGCAAUUUGGUGCAAUUCACAAUUAAUUAUGUCGAAAGAUUUAGCUGUUUCGCGUGCCACAUUUAGGCACAAAAUGUCAAAUGUCCGACAUGUGCUGGCUUCUGACACUGCUAUUAGUAAGGUUAAUUCGACCUGAAAUAUUGUAUUUGUAACCGUCAUUUACAAAUGAAAAUACGCUGUUAUUUCAACAGAUCGAUAUUUUCCAUGGCCCUUAUGAAGUCCUCUUUCAUCUCAAUUUUUAAUCUAGCCAAACGAUUAAAGUUUAAGUCAGGAGGGUAACUUUGCGUUCGUCGGCGACAACUUUACUACACCAAUAUCAGACGGUGCCAAGUAACUUUGCCGCGAGAUUUAACAAGCAAGAGAGAACAUCUUUGUGACUACGUAACGGUGAACUUGUGUGUAUCUUUUUACCAUCAAAGGGAAUAUUAUCAAACCUUUCAAAACUUUACUCCUAAGUUAGGAGUUAGCGUCGUUAAAGAAAUAAGUGCACAUAAUGCGGCAGGCACUAGCGGAUUUUCCGAUCGGAUUAUAAGGGUGGUGUACAUGCAAUUGACAACUAGCGGUUCCAACGAUGAUACGUGAAAACUUGUGGCAGGUUUUCUGUCGCUCGGAAUGUAUCAGCCUUAGAAACAAUCGAGUGGAAAAUCCGCUAGUGUGAAAGUUUUGUUACUGUUUAUUAUCACUAGUUACGAGUCUUAUCGUCAAAGAGCGCAAAUGCAAGCUGAAUUUUAUACCUCCAUCGAAAUAAAUAUAUGUUAUGCGACAUUAUGAGAUACGACGAUGGUUUAUAUGUGGUAACUGAUAGAUAAUCAAAAUAUAUAAUGUAAUAAAUGUUGUAGCUGCAUUGUAGGUGUAUUGUUGUGAACUGUGCACUUCUUCCUUCUUCACAACUGAGUAGAUUUCGUUCACAUAUCAUUCUCUGUCCUGACUGCUCCCGGCAAUACAAGCGCUGCCUCCCUUCCGCGCUCUUCCAGUGUUGCAUUGCCGCGGGCCACUUGGAUAGACUACUCGAAAUUGGAAUUAAAUGGAAGGCUCUAGCGAGAGAAACUAAAAUUAACUGGGUAAUUAGAAAAAUAUAACAAAAAAUAUUUUAUUUUACUAUUGUAAUUUAAAAUAAAAAAAUAAAAGGUUCGAUCUAGGGUUGUAGGUAGAGAAUAAAAUUUGUAAAAAAGACGUUUUAAUAAAUUUAACGUUAUUGGUUUGUUAUGAUGUUUGGAUUUCCAUUGUUUCAUGUUGAAUUGUAUUUAAGGAAUUGAAGGAUAUUUGCGUGUAAGUGAAAACAUACGGGAAGUAGGUACGUCAUGUUAUGACACCGUAUGUUUUCAAUAAGGGUCGGUUCUCACUUCACUGCUUGUUACUUGUUCUGUAGUUUUGUUGAUAUUUCUAUAAGUUACAUUUUCAUGUACUGUCUUUGUGUAUUUCUUAAGUUCUACUUAAAUCGGACUGGAGGGCUUUAACUUCGGCGAAUUAUGAACAAAUUGAGAGCAUAGAACAAACAUACAAUCACUUGAUGGUACUAUUAGAUACGUGAAUCACUUGGUUCAUCGUUCGCUGAGCGAGUGUGCGAGCAUUAAAUGCGAGCGAAUCUCAGCGGCAAGAGCUUCGGAGCCCCGGGCCGGACACGGCCGGCGUCCGGCGCCCGUCCGGCCCGGCUCGCCCACUGUCCGACUUUGUAAGCUAAAAGCUAGUAUACAAUUUAGCGUAAGGUCUAAACAUGUGAUGCAAAUCGUUGUGCCAAAUGACCUAAACUUUUUAUAACUUCUUAUACAGUUUCGUAUUAAAACUGUAACUUACAUCUUUCUUUUUAUAAUUUUGUACUAAAAGGCUUCGAUGCCAAGGAAUGAGAUAAAAAUGUGUGUAACCCGUAGUUUUAGUUCGUUUGUCAUACUGACAAUAAAACCAUCCACUUUAAAAAAAAAUGAAAUGCUGUGAAUUUCUUAAUGUAUAUUUAAAUAUAACUUUAAUAUAUGAUGUGAAAGAGCGACUAUUUCUUAUAAAUUGUGACUGAACGAUUUUUGAACCUAUACUCAACUUUAAACUAAGGAUUUUCUUCUAAAAUCUGGCUGUUAUUUUGUCGUACAAGCAUGUAAUGUGUAUCAAGCGCACUGUCGGUGUAUUAACGUAUUUACUACUGUUUACCAAAUAAUUGUGUUGGGUGAUGUUCGGACAACGUACCGGCGGCCGCAGCGAGCCGCGGGCGACACGCUCGGCGACCGCAGUGUGUGAACACACACAUUAUCACUACCGACAGAUUUACAUAGGAAUUCAACCACUAAAACGUUUUAUACGGAAUUAAUCAAUUCUCAAAACGUUUCAAAAAAUAAUUAAUAGUAAACACACCUGCUUUGAAAAAAAAAACACAAAAAGUUACGUCUUAGUGGAUAAUCACCCUAACACCCAAAACAAAAACGACGAGCUUGUAACCGAAUUUCCGAUGUGCGCUUGCGUUGGUUGUGUGGCGCGUUGCGUUCUCUAUGACAUACACACUGACUCCUCACUUCUAUAUAGUCCCCCGGGGGCUGUAUUCCCCGGAGGAGCUGUCACUCUAACCUGUCUUCCCGGUAAGCAAAGCGCCAAGCAACUGUAUACUGGACUGUUUAUAUAUUUAUUACACUUGGUAAUCAAUAAACACGUUUGCUGUAUUGUA